AAUAUUAUGAUCAUGAGAGGAGAAAAUAAAUCCAUAAAUGAGUGUGUAUUUAAAACUAUUGUCUUUUUUGGAGUUUUCAUUUUAAAUUUGCUUCAAUUUUCAUCUGCUUCUGUCAUUUCUACUGGGAACUACAAUAAAGAUUUCUUCAUCACAUGGUCUCCUUCCCACGUAAACACUUCGGUCGAUGGACGAACACGAAACUUGAAGCUCGAUAAUGAUUCAGGAGCUGGUUUUGCAUCAAAUGAGAUGUUCUUAUUUGGUCAAAUGGACAUGAAAAUCAAACUAGUUCCUGGCCAUUCUGCUGGUGUAGUUGUGGCUUAUUAUUUGACGUCGGAUCAACCGAACCGCGACGAAAUCGACUUCGAGUUCCUUGGCAAUGUGGAAGGGCAGCCAAUUAUUCUUCAAACAAAUGUUUUUGCUGAUGGGUUUGAUGAUAGGGAAGAAAGGAUUAAGUUGUGGUUUGAUCCAACAAAAGACUUCCAUACCUAUUCAAUUCUGUGGAACAUUUACCAAAUUGUGUUCAUGGUGGAUUGGGUGCCAAUAAGAGUAUAUAGAAACCAUGGAGACAAAGGAGUGGGAUAUCCUAGGUGGCAACCAAUGAGCUUAAAAGUGAGCCUAUGGAAUGGUGACAGCUGGGCAACAAGGGGUGGAAAAGAGAAAAUUGAUUGGUCAAAAGGGCCUUUUGUUGCUUCUUUUGGGGAUUAUAAGGUUGAUGCUUGUAUUUGGAGAGGAAAUGCAAGGUUUUGUAGAGGAGAAAGCUCAAGCAAUUGGUGGCAUUUACCCAAAUACAACACUUUAUCACCUUCUCAAAGAAGGCUCUUCAAAUGGGUCAGAAAGUAUUAUUUGAUUUAUGAUUAUUGCCAAGACAACUUGAGGUUUCAAAACCAACUUCCUAAGGAAUGUUCUCUUCCCAAAUACUAAAUUAAUCAAACCACACACCAUUUUUUUCUAUCUUUCUUUCUUUCUUGGAACUCCUUUUGAUUCCUUUUGUACUUUGAAUUUAUUAGUGUUCUUUCAUUAUGUUCUUUUCUUGUUCAUCAUUUAAAGUGAGACUUUUUAAUUGAUUUGAAUAUAUAUAUAUAUAUAUCUCAAUUGAGGA